CACCCCGCCCACCGCCAUGUCCUUCUUCAAGUCAAGAUCUGCCUCGGCGUCCACCGCCUCCCUCAAGCCAGAGUCCUUGGGCCCAAAGACCAGUGAGGUCUUCACCGUGCCCCCGCAAGAAUCGAGCGUGAAGAAAAGGUGGGAGUAUGAUGAUCAUCAACUCGGCCUCAUCGCGCAACUCAAAGAGUACACCAAAACUAUCGCCCUCCCAGAGUCUGACGAGUACUACCCUUGGGAGCAGCGUUUCCUUUCUGAUCCUGCUACCCAUGCCCGAUACAUGCGCGCCGCUAAAUGGAAGCUCCAUGACGGCAAGCACAGGAUCAGGGGAACGAUGGAAUGGAGGAGGGAGUAUAAGCCAGAACUGAUACAGCCCGAUGAUGUUGGUGUUGAGGCCGAGACUGGUAAGAUUAUCCUUACAGGCUUCGAUAUGGAUGCCCGACCAAUCCUCUACAUGCGACCCGGUAGGGAAAACACCGAGACGAGCCCGAGGCAAAUUAGGCAUCUUAUCUAUCAUCUUGAACGAGCAAUCGACUUGAUGCCUCCUGGUCAAGAACAAGUCGCCAUCAUCGUCGACUACAAAUCUGCUACAUCCCAAUCCAAUCCUUCCAUUGGUACAGCCCGCAAGGUGCUCCACAUUCUCCAGAAUCAUUAUGUUGAACGACUUGGGAGGGGUUUGGUCGUCAACAUGCCAUGGUGGAUCAACGCCUUUUUCUCCGGUAUCUCCCCCUUCAUGGACCCCAUCACCCGCGACAAGAUCCGAUUCAACCCCCGUCUACUCGACCUCGUCCCCGCCGCCCACCUCGACUCAGAGUUCGGUGGGGACUAUAAUUUCACAUAUGAUUAUUCCGUUUACUGGAAGACGAUUACCGAGUUUUGUCAUAUUGCUCCGAACGGGAGGCGGGUGCCUCCUCCGGGCAAGGAGGAGGAGGGGAAGGGGAGGGAAGGGUGGAUCCCGCCUGCGGGGAAUGGGAUAAAAGCUGCGGUGGAGGGGUACGUGCCGAAAGAGGGGACCGUGAAGAGCGGAGAAAUCGUCAAGGCUGGCGAAAAGAAUGAAAAGUCAGAGAAGACGGGGAAGGGUGCUGCCGCUACAAGUGCAAAUGGCGUCGCCGGUGCCGCUCCUACCGCUUCCUCCACCACCGCCCCCGCCCCACCAGAAAAAGAAAUGGAAUCCCUAGCCAUCCAAACAGCCCCUGGCGAACCAAUCGGCGGGUCCGUGUUUGAUCAUCCGCCUAGUGAGGGUGAAGUGCAUGAGGCGAAGAAGAGUUUGAAUGUUUCUGCGUAAGCCGGGAACUCGUUUUACACGAAAACAUUAUUGAAAACCAUCCCGCUCUAUAAAUUAUGGAUUGUUUUAUUACUUUAGAUUUUUCUGAAUUUGGUACAAUACGGAAGAGUAACUAGCCGCUUUGUUUAGUAUACAAUAGUACUUCGCUCUGCAUUGCUUUGCAUUU